AUGUCUCGUCCAAGAACUUCCUCUUCCCCACCUGAUGAAAACUUUAACGAGAGAGAUGAUGAUUCAGACUUUGACGUUUAUUCAGGAGAAGAUGUAGGGACGAUGAAGACGAUGGAGUUAAGAAGAGCAGCAAAACGAAGAAAAGAAGGGGGCGUGAAUACUACCACCACCACGACUGCCGAUGAUGAUGAUGCGAUAGAUUUUGAUCGGACGUUAGCUUUAGGUAAACGACUUGAGAUUUAUAUGAUUUUAUUUCUUACUCAUUUUUUAUAUUACACAGGAUCUUCCGGAUGGCUGUUCAUAUACUACGUCGGGGUGAUUAAAGUUUUGAGAAGAGAAGGUUACGCGGAAAACACGAAAGUUAUUGGAUGUUCCGGCGGCGCUUUAAUCGGCUCUUUACUUUUUAUGCCGACGGUGGAUUUGGACGCGUUGGCGGUGUACGCCUACCUGUGCGCGACGCGAGCGAGAAGUUCCAUUUUAGGCGCUUUCCAGUUAAGAUAUUACGUGCAAGGCGCGAUUCGAGAGUUUGCGCCGGAUAACGCGCACGAAUUGUGCACGAAUAAGUUGGAGAUGAGCAUCACGAGAAUGACGCUGAGAGGAUUGAAAAAUUUACGGUUGAAAGUGUUCGAGACGUACGAGUUUUUUGUGAGAGCGUUGUUGUGUUCGUCGAACAUCGUGCCUUUGAGUGGGUUGCCGAUGUGGCUGAAAGGUCACGGAUUCGGGUUCAAACGGUCCGGGACGUUUUCAAAGUUGCACUGUCGACGGAAACACGGGAGGAAGUUGAUCGUGGUGAGUCCGUUUUAUAGCUCGCGAGCGGAUAUUAAGCCGUCGAAGUUUGUGCCGGUGUGGUGGUGCUUUUUCCCUCCAGAGCAGUAUAAGAUGAAGAUAUUGUUCGAGAUGGCGCAAAAAGACGCGAAGAGUUGGAUCAAGAAACAGAAGAAGAAAGAGGAGGAGAAGAAGUCGUCCGGGUUGGAAAGGGCGAGGCGCGGGUUGACCGAGAAUCAGCCCAUAACGACGAAUAAUAGAAAUAUAUCUUCUCCGGAAAGUAACGUAGGUGCGACAAAUACGACGGGCGAAACCUCGGAUUCCGACGACGACGACGACGACGGAGAAGAGGAAGUAGAAAUGAAGGAUUCGUUGGAGACUUUACGAGAUUCGUCGAGGAACUCGUCGCAAAAUUCGCUCCAGGAUUGGUACACCGAGUGUCAAGAAUGGGCUUCGCAAACGAGUGAGUUUGCGGCGAAACGCGCGGCGGCGGCAAAAGCGGCGGCAGAAAAGGCGGCAAAGAAGCACGCGGAAACGUGGACGGAGUUUGCGGAGAGAGAAAAACGCAUCAUCAAAUCGUUUUGGUUUCGAGCGUCCGCAACGGCGCAAGAGGCGGUGGAUCGACUGACGCACAUGGGCCGAUCGAGCUUGACGAGCACGCCGAUUAAAAAGAAAAAGAAGAGAAGAUCCACUGGAGAAGACGAAUUUUACGACGCGAACGAGCAAGGUGGAUACGAGAGCGAAAGUAGCAGGCGAUCGUCAUUUGAUGGUUUUUUACGCGACAACGCGCACGAAGCGUUCAUCACCGUGGGCAAAGGCACGAUUAAAAUUGAAAAGUUAAUUUUGCAACUCAUCGCGUGCGUCAUCGUGUACGCCGAGUGCGCUUUACAGGCGGCAUUUUUCUUCGUCUUGGCGAUUGUCUCCGGCAUUUUACGCGUGAAAGGUAACGAGAAAAAUUGGGAACGGUUUUAUACCUUUGCGAAGCCGAUGCCGAGACUGUUGAUGCACUCGGUGCCCGGGAUACCGAACACGAAGAAAGUUGACGAGAGAACGAGUAAAAUCCUCGGGAAUUCCUGCGCGACGUAUCGGGUUCUGUGUUACUUGAUUCACGCGCCGACAGAGCAUUUCGAAACCGCAAAAGUGAGCGGCUACGAGACGAACAACUCAUCCAUGAGUGAGGGACCCACAAAUUAA